AUGAGUGACAUUCAGUCUCGGGGAUUUCUCCCUCCAACGACCCAGACAGCCGUGGUUGUCAAUGACAAGGACGAUGUCGUUAUCUGGGACCAAGCACCAUGCCCGAAGCUCCCAUCAGACCAGGUCAUGGUGCAUGUUGAAGCUGUUGGCCUCAACCCAAGCGACACAAAGAUGAGAGGAGACUUUGCAUCAAAAUUCGGAAUUCUUGGUGCGGAUUUCGCAGGAACCGUAGUUGCAGUCGGAGACGAAGUCGAAGACGUGACCAUCGGAGACAGAGUCUUUGGGGCUCAGAACGAGAUGUACGGAACGACACCUGAGCGUGGAGCGUUCUGCGAGUAUACUGUAACUCGUGGCAGGAUUUGGAUGAAGAUACCUGAGUCUUGGAGUACCGAAGCAGCUGCCUCUUUACCCGUUGGGGUGAGUACCGCUGGCAUUGCUAUAAGGUUGCUUGGUUUGCCAUUGCCGGGUCAGCCUCCCGCAAAGCCUGCUCAGGUACUGGUUUAUGGCGCUAGCACUGCUACUGCAACGAUUGCUCUGCAGAUGUUAAGACUUUCUGGCCAUACUCCGAUCGCUGUGUGUUCGACCAAGAACUUUGACUUGGCUAUAAAGAAUGGUGCUGGCGAGGUCUUUGACAGAAACACCCCCGACCUCGACCAAAAGAUCAAAGACUAUACUAAGGGGAAUUUGAAAUAUGCUCUGGACUGUAUUACAACAGUGGAAUCGACAGCUCUCUGUUAUGCCGCCAUCGGUCGCGGCGGCGGCAAGUAUGUUUCUCUGGAUCCGUGGCCAGAGCAUGCCGCAUCACGUAAAGUUGUCAUUCCGGACUUCACUGUUGGACCACGGAUAUUCGGAGAAGGUUGCACAUGGCCAGAACCCUACAAAAGCGAUCCUUCAGAAGACAUGCGUACAUAUGGCGUGAGUGUAUGGGAGACCGUUGGGAAGUUGCUUCACGAAGGAAAACUACAGCACCAUCCCUUGCGCGUGUUGGACGGUGGAUUCAAUGCUAUUCUGACAGGCAUGGAAAUGGUUAAGAAUAAAACGCUAUCUGGCGAGAAGAUAGUUGUGAGGAUGAACUGA